GCACAAUCACGUGUCUCACCACCUAGCUUUCCACCGCCUUCUUUUUUUAUUCUUCACCGCCCCAAAUUCCAGCAGAAUGACAACCCACCCACUCGACUCAUCAUGCCCCGCAUCACGCCCUUUACUUGUAUGAAUUUGUUAUCUUGACAUUGAUGAUACUCUACUUUCUGCGUCCUAGAUAAAUGCUCUAAACCCGCUGCAUUCUAAUUCUAAUAAAACUUUCCUUCUUUCUCAAUCUUCGAUACGUAUCCUCAAUUCAGACGGAUAUCGAUUGCUUUGUUACAAUCACAUACCCAUUACCUGGUGAUAUAAAAUUCUACAAAAAUGGCCGAACAAGCAGUAAUCCGCCAUGCACGUCGUGAAGACGUCCCCGGAAUCCUAACCCUCAUUCACGAACUCGCAGCCUACGAGCACGAAUCAGCCUCCGUGCUCGCAACUCCCUCCUCCCUAUCCAAAACCAUUGCUUUUGCUCCCUCGCCCCUCGUUUCCCCCUCGAACACUACCCCCUCAACCGGAGACUCUAUCUCCCCUACCCGACCCGCGCGUUGUCUACUUUUAUUUCCCCCUUCUCCCCCCUCUUCCUCAUCCUCCUCAUCUUCUCCUCAAACCCCUGAACCAAUAGGAAUGGCGUUGUAUUUCUACAAUUACUCAACCUGGCGUGCUUCGGCGGGGAUCUAUCUCGAGGAUUUGUAUGUGCGGGAUAGUGAGCGGGGAAAAGGAUAUGGAUCGAGAUUGUUGAGUGUUUUAGCGAAGGAGGUUGUGGAUAUGGAGGGAGGGAGAUUGGAAUGGAGUGUGUUGAAGUGGAAUGAACCUAGUAUUAAAUUCUAUGAGGGAAAGAGUGUGGGCGCUAAGGCGAUGGAUGGAUGGCAGACGAUGAGGGUUGAUGGGGAGGCAUUGGUGAAGUUGGCGGGGAGAGCUGAGUAGUUGGGGGGAAAGGGAAGGGAGAUGUUUUGAAAAAGUCGAGAGGCAUUUUAGUAGAGACUUGGAGUAGGCAUGAUGUCACAUGAAGCAGAACUAGAAAUUAUCUAUAUGGAGAUUAUUCUAGAAGAUUUCUGCUCCGCCUUCAAUAGUA